GCCGCCGUCGACGGUGACGAGUGCCGACGACCGAACGAGUGUGAUGAGUGACGCCGAGAGAUCCCUCACGACGAUCCUCGAAGGCGACGACGACGACGAGGUGAUCCCGACGAUCGAAUUACCCCGUGUCCGCCGGAAGCAAGAGCAGCAGUUUGUCCGGUCGGCGCCUUCAUUGGGCGGGUCUUCGUCAGCGGAACGCACAGUGUCGGAGAUGGCGGUUGCACCGGAAGUGACGACGACGACGACUGCCUUGGUGCACCGGCAGGAACUGCCGCCACCGGCCCCGGUGUCGACUCAGGUCGUCGUGGAUGACCGCUACGUGAGCAAUAUCACGGAGACGGACGUGUUUGAGGACGUCACGAGACACACGCGGGAAGUGACGGAGUUGUUGCGACGACCGCCACCGCCGCCGCCGAGGGACUGGGACAUCGUCAUCCGCAAUUAUCCGGCGCCUCGGCCCGGCAGAACUACCACCACUACCAGAAAAUCACUCAAGACAACACGAACAGUGAUGCUGCAAGAUGAGCGAGAACAACAGGUGACAAGACGUAGUGAGCAUCACCUCACGGAGCUCCAGGUCCCAUUGCAAAGCGAGCAAAGAGCCCCGAAUUGGGAUGUGCUCAUUAGGGUUCUAAGCCCUGUUCCCUUGGCGCAGCGAGCGACAUCUAUGGACGACACAGCGAGUGUCCGCACUGGGACCACAGCCACCUCCACGCAGGGUGAGCCAAGUGACGAAGAAAUACACCAAGAACGGACCUUGCGGAGAUUGUUGUCCAAGGAGGACAAGGAAAAGCUGAGGCAAAUCAUUACUACAGAGUCCACUUUGAGAACGCUGCUCACCGAGGCCACUGUGAAGGAGGACUUUGACAAAAUCCGUCAUGAUCAGAGGUACAUGAAGCUGUUUGAGCCACACAAGUGGGACGUCAUCAUCCGUGUCCUGAGCCCCCCGGAGGAGCCCGAAGGCGCCGGUGGCGGCAGACGCCAGUCUUCCGCGUCCUCCGCCUCAUCCCUGCUCUCCAACGCCAACACCAGCGCCACCCAGGCAUCCACAUUCGGCGGCCACAACAACGAUACAACGUUAAUGCGACCUCGCCAAGCCCCAUUGCGGGAUCCUUUCGGUUAUGACGAUGUCGACGAUGCACAUCAUCAUCAUCAUUCAGCGGCGACAAUGAGACGGCGAAUGAGUUACGAAGCGUAUGAUAAUGAAGGCAUGGUGAUGCUGCACGACGAGGACGAGGAGCCGAUACGACCAACAACGAUCUGA